UGCGGCCAACUCAAGACUACCAUGGCCCAGCCGAUCACCGCCCUCGACCUGCUUGUGCUGCUGCUUCACCACCAGAACGCCCACCGCCGCGGCGCGGAGACCACCGAGGUCAAGCUUGCAAGCACGGGCCGGCUCACCGCCGCCAUGGUCGCAGCCAUGUUUGCCAGACACACGCGCGCGUUCUCGAUGUACUUCAAGUCGAUUGUGCACAUGGCGGACAUCCUGAGCCAGCGGCAGGGGGCCGCGUGCCGCGACCUCGCCUUAACGGCCGGAGGUGGUCGGGGCCCUGGUGGCGCACAUUGGCACGGGGCAGGCACAGGAGACCACCCGAAGCUGCUGCACCCGUUUGCGCCAAUGCUGAACGGCACCCUGGACUGCCUAAGCAACCUGCACUUCAACUACAUCCGGCAGCUCUUCCAUAUCCUGACCACGCUCAGGUUUGACCGCCAGCGCACUACCGCCGCAGGCCUCAUUGACGACGAGAAGGAGGAUGGUCUGUCUCAAUCGAAACGCAUCGGCACCAUCGCUGCCAUCACCGUCACCCGCACCUGGCUCGCUCUUGCCAACGCCGCAGACAUCUCCAUCGACGGCAACCAUCUCUCCUCGCUGUUGCAGGCCUUGCAGCUCAUCUAUGCCGACAAGUGGACGGGUGCGCCCCAAACUCAGGAGACGUGCUCUAACGUCUCGCCCGAGGACACGCGCGCGCGCGAUGUGGGCAAGGACACGCACGCGGUCGUCAACAAGAAGACGCUGCAGGCGCCGUUCGAGACGAAGCUGCAGCUGCCGUCAGGGAUUGCCGCCGUGUUCGUGGGCACAGUGCGCAGAAAGACUGACGAGGAGACAGGGUUGCAGAAGCACGCUGCUGGAACGCAGACCUCUUCACGUUCCUGA